CGAUCUCCUGACCUUGUGAUCCGCCCAUCUCGGCCUCCCAAAGUGCUGGGAUUACAGGCGUGAGCCACCGUACCCAGCCAUAAAAUAGUAUUUUCAACAGUAUUGAUGGAACUUAUGUUCUAGUAGAGGGAAAAAGUUAGGAAUAGCUUGUAUAGCCAUUCUUUUCCACUUUAAGAACCUCUUUACAAUGAUGCAUUAUUUACUCAAAACAUUAUGAAGUUUGCAUUUUUAAGAAGAGAUACUUAUUGCUUAAACUACUUGAUCUGAUAUUCUUUGAGUAUAACUGUGAAUGUCUAUUUUCUAAAUAAAGUAAAAGUACUUCUUUCUGGGAACAUAUUGCUUAUUUAUAGUAUAUAAUUUGAUGCUUUUAUAUUUUGCAAGGUUUAGGCAGACUUCCAAUUUGGCUAUAACUAUAAGCAUAAACAAUAUUUUAUCACCUUUAUGUGUAUAUAUACAAACCACAUCUAGCACUUCCAGUAAAUAAGUCUAUCCAGGUGGGGGAUGGUGGCUUAUGCCAAUAAUGCUAACAUUUUGGGAGGCUGAGGUGGGUGGAUCACUUGAGCCCAGGAGUUCCAGACCAGCCUGGGCAAGAUGGGGAAACCUCAUCUCUACAAAAAAUACAACUAUUAGCCAGGCAUGGUGGUGUGCACGUCUUCCUUUUUCCUUUUUUUUUUUUUUUUUUUAGAUGGAGUUUCGCUCUUGUCACCCAGGCUGGAGUGCAAUGGCACGAUCUUAGCUCACUGCAACCUCUGCCUCCCCGGUUCAAGCAUUUCUCCUGCCUCAGCCUCCUAAUUAGCUGAGAUUACAGGUGCCUGCCACCAUGUCCAGCUAAUUUUUGUAUUUUUAGUAGAGACAGGGUUUCACCGUGUUGGUUAGGCUGGUCUCGAACUCCUCCCCUCAGGUGAUCCGCCUGCCUCGGCCUCCCAAAGUGGUGGGAUUACAGGCAUGAGCCCCAUGCCCAGCCAGUAGUGUGAUCUUUAAUGGGUAAUUUUUUUUCUUUAAAUAUUCUAACCAUAAUCUUUGAUGUUACUAUUGGAAUUGUUUUGAAGCACCACAGUAGUGCCCAUAUAUGACAGUGAACUUAAUACAUGUUGUGUUUGUUCUGACUGUUUCACCAACUAGCAUUCCCUUCAUCUCUCUUCCUCUACUUGGGUCUCCAUAUUCCCUGAGAAACAGCAAUAUUUAAAUUAGGCCAGUUAAUAUGCAAUGAUCUCUAAGUGUUCAAGUGAGAGGAAAAGUUGCAAGUUUCUCACUUUAAAUCAGAAGCUCGAGAUGAUUAAGCUUAGGGAGGAAGGCAUGUCGAAAGCCAAGAUAGACUGCAAGGUAGGUCUCUUGCACCAGUUAGCCAACUUGUGAAUGUAAAGGAAAAGUUAUUGAAGGAAAUUGAAAUGCUUCUCUAAUGGAACGAUAAGAAAGUGAAACAGCCUUAGUAGUGAUGUGGGAAAAGAUUGAGUGUUCUGGAUAGAAGAUCAAACCAGCCACAACAGUGCCUUAAGUCAAAGCCUAAUCCACAGCAGGGUCCUAACUCUUUUCAAUUGUAUGAAGGCUGAAAGGUAAGGAAGCUACAGAAGAAAAAUUUGAAACUAGCAGAGAUUGGGUGUUGAGGUUUAAGGCAGGAAGUCUCCAUAACAUAAAAGUGUGAGGUAAGGCAGCAAGUUCUGAUGGAGAAGCUACAGCACAUUAUCCAGAAGAUCUAGCAAAAAUAAUUGAUGAAGGUGGCUGCACUAAACAACAGAUUUUCAAUGGAGAUAAAACAGCCUUCUAGUAGAAGAAAAUGCCAUCUAGGACUUUCAUAGCUAGAAAAGAGAAAUCAGUACAUGACUUUAAAGGGCAGGCUGACUCUCUUGUUAGGAGCUAAUGUAACUGGUGCCUUGAAGUUGAAGCCAGUACUCAUUUACCAUUCCUAAAUUCUAGAGCUCUUGAGAAUUAUGCAGAAUCUACUCUGCUGUAUUAACAAAACAACAAAGCCUAGAUUACAGCACAUCUGUUUACAGCAUGGUUUACUAAAUAUUUUAAGCCCACUGUUGAGACCUACAGUUCAGGAAUAAAAAGAUUCCUUUCAGAAUAUUAUUGCUCAUUAAUAUUGCACCUACUCAGCCAAGACCUCUCAUGGAGAUAUACAAGGAGAUUAACGAUGUUUCCAUGUGGACUAACACAGCGAUCUAUUCUUCAGCCCAUGUGAUGCAUGAGUCAUUUUGACUUUCAAACCUUAUUACUUAAAUACGUUUUGUAAGGUGUUGGCUGCCCCAGAUGGUGAUUCCUCUGGUGGAUCUGGGCAAAAGGAAAACUUUUGGGAAAAAAUCACCGUUGUAGAUGCCAUUAAGAACAUUCAUGAUUCAAGGAAGUAGGUCAAAAUAUCAACAUGAACAGAAGUUUGGAAGAGGUUGAUUCUAACCCUCAUAGGUAACUUUGAGGGGGUCACGACGAGUGGAGAAAAUAACUGCAAAUGUGGUAUAAAUAGCAAGAGAACUAGAAUUAGAAGUGGAGCCUGAAGAUGUGACUGAAUGGCUGCAAUCUCAUUAUCAAACUUGAAUAGAUGAAGAGUUGCUUCUUAUGGAUGAACAGAGAAAGUGGUUUCUUGAGAUAGACUCUACUCCUGGUGAAGAUGCUGCGAACAUUGUUGAAAUAACAAAAGAUUUGGAAUAUUACAUAAACUUAGUUGAAAAAGCAGUGGCAGGGGUCAAGAGGAUUGACUCAAUUUUGAAGUUCUACUCUGGGUAAAAUGCUGUUAAACUGCAUCACAUGCUAAAGAGAAAUCUUUUGUGAAAGGAAGAGUCAAUUGAUGCAGCAAACUUCAUUGUUGUAGUUUAAGAAAUUGCCAUAGCCACCGCAGCCACCCUGAUCAGCAGCUAUCAAUAUCAAGGCAAGACCUUCCAGCAGCAAAACUAGCCGAAGGCUCAGAUGAUCAUUAGCAUUUUUAACAAUAAAAUAUUUUUAAAGUAUACACAUUGGCUUUUUUAAAAAAGGUAUAAUGCUAUUGCACACUUAAGAGACUACAGUAUAGUGUAAACAUAACUUUUAUACACACUGGGAAACUGAAAAAAUUCAUGUGACUUGCUUUAUUGCAAUAUUCACCUUAUUGUGGUGGUCUGGACCCUAACCCAUAAUAUUUCCAAGGCAUGCCUAUACUAAACAUACUUUAGUAUAGGUAUGAUAUGAUAUAUAUAUAUAUAUGAUAAUGAUUUCGUUGUGAAUUUUAUUUAAUGUGCUCAACUUUUAAUGCACUAGUAUUCCAUGUUAUUAAAAAUGCCAGGAUAUUGGAAUAUCCAUUAAAAGACCUCAAGUAUUAAUUUUUUAUUUAUUUUGUGUGAUCUUUUAUAGGGGAAUUCUAGGCUUUUUUUUAAGGACGGAUAUUUCUUCAUCACGUUCUCAUCAUUUCUUGUAACUGCCUGUGUACUUACCUCUGUAAUUCAUUUUUCUUUGUCUAUUUUGCUCUUUUAAUGUGGUGUGGAUUGGGAAAGCAAAUAACUGAAACCAAGUGCAAUUGUAUCAACCAGUACGCAGAUUUUCUGAGGCAUUCUUUUGUUUUGAGCAUCCAAGAGAAGCUGCCAUUGCAUACCAGGAACUUCAUGCUCAGAGUCAUCUACAGAUGUGCACCGCUAUCAAAAAUACUUCCUUCUGCAGUUCUCUUCCACCCUUACCUAUUGAAUGUAGUGAAUUAGAUGGAGAUCUCAAUUCAUUACCUAUAAUCUUUGAAGAUAGGUAUUUAGAUUCAGUUACUGAAGACUUAGAUGCACCCUGGAUGGGAAUUCAGAAUCUUCAGAGAUCAGAGUCCAGUAAAAUGGAUAAAUAUGAGACUGAAGAAAGCUCUGUAGCAGGACUUUCUAGCCCAGAGUUGAAAGUCAGACCUGCUGGUGCCUCCAGUAUUUGGUAUACAGAAGGUGAAAAGCAGCUAACAAAAUCUCUAAAAGGAAAGAAUGAAGAAUCAAAUAAAUCCAAAGUUAAGGUUACUAAGCUUAUGAAAACAAUGAAAUCUGAAAACACAAAAAAAUUAAUAAAACAGAACUCUAAGGAUUCUGUGGUUUUGGUAGGCUACAAAUGUUUGAAAAGUACAGCAUCAAGUGAUCUCACUAAAUGCUUUGAAGGCAAUCCUUCACAUAGUCAGAAGGAAGGUCUGGAUCCCACAAUAUGUGGAUAUAAUUUUGACCCAAAGACCUACAUGAGACAGACAAGUCAAAAGGAAGCUAGCUGUUUGCCAACUAAUACAGAGAGAACUGAACAAAAGUCUCCAGAUAUUGAAAAUAUGCAACCAGACCAGUUUGAUCCUUUGAACUCUGGCAACCUAAAUCUUUGUGCAAAUUUGUCCAUUUCAGGUAAACUUGAUAUCUCCCAGGACGAUAGUGAAAUUACACAAAUGGAACACAAUCUGGCAUCCAGAAGGUCAUCAGACGAUUGCCAUGAUCAUCAAACAACCCCAUCUUUGGGAGUUAGAACAAUUGAAAUAAAGCCCAGUAAUAAAGAUCCUUUCAGUGGAGAGAAAAUAACUGUCAAACUAGGACCUUGGACAGAGCUUCGACAAGAAGAAAUACUUGUGGAUAAUUUACUACCCAACUUUGAGUCCUUAGAAUCUAAUGGUAAAUCUAAAUCUAUAGAAAUAACAUUUGAAAAGGAAGCUUUGCAAGAAGCAAAGUGUCUUUCUAUUGGAGAAUCAUUAACUAAAUUAAGAAGUAAUCUACCUGCCCCUUCUACAAAAGAAUAUCAUGUUGUAGUAAGUGGAGAUACAAUUAAGUUACCAGAUAUUAAUGCCACAUAUGCCUCAUCUAGAUUUUCAGAUUCAGGUGUUGAAAGUGAACCAAGUUCUUUUGCGACACAUCCAAACACUGAUUUAGUCUUUGAAACUGUGCAAGGGCAAGGUCCUUGCAGUAGUGAAAGAUUAUUUCCUCAGCUUUUGAUGAAACCUGAUUAUAAUGUAAAAUUUUCAUUAGGAAAUCAUUGUACUGAGAGUACAAGUGCUAUAAGUGAAAUACAGUCAUCUUUGACAUCCAUAAACUCUCUACCCUCCGAUGAUGAACUGUCACCUGAUGAAAAUUCUAAGAAAUCUGUUGUACCUGAAUGCCAUCUAAAUGAUAGCAAAACUGUAUUAAAUCUAGGAACGACUGAUUUGCCAAAAUGUGAUGAUACUAAAAAGUCAAGUAUCACUUUGCAACAGCAGAGUGUUGUAUUUUCAGGGAACUUGGACAAUGAAACUGUAGCAAUACAUUCCUUAAAUUCAAGCAUUAAAGACCCUUUACAAUUUGUUUUUUCAGAUGAAGAGACUUCCAGUGAUGUGAAAAGUAGUUGCAGCUCCAAACCUAACUUGGAUACUAUGUGUAAAGGCUUCCAGAGUCCUGAUAAAUCUAAUAACUCUACAGGGACAGCAAUUACAUUAAAUUCAAAACUGAUUUGUUUAGGCACUCCUUGUGUCAUUUCAGGUUCCAUUUCUAGUAAUACAGAUGUUAGUGAAGAUAGAACUAUGGAAAAAAAUAGUGAUGUAUUAAAUCUCACACAGAUGUAUUCAGAAAUCCCUACAGUUGAAAGUGAAACUCAUCUGGGUACAAGUGAUCCUUUUUCAGCCAGUACUGAUAUAGUAAAGCAAGGGCUUGUGGAAAAUUAUUUUGGUUCUCAAAGCAGUACGGAUAUUUCUGACACAUGUGCUGUUAGCUACAGCAAUGCACUUAGCCCUCAGAAGGAAACUUCUGAAAAAGAAAUUAGUAAUCUUCAGCAGGAACAGGAUAAAGAGGAUGAGGAGGAAGAGCAGGAUCAACAAAUGGUUCAAAAUGGGUACUAUGAAGAAUCAGAUUAUUCAGCUUUGGAUGGAACAAUAAAUGCUCACUAUACAAGCAGAGAUGAACUAAUGGAAGAAAGACUUACAAAAUCUGAAAAAAUAAACAGUGACUAUCUGAGAGAUGGUAUAAAUAUGCCUACUGUCUGUACUUCUGGUUGUUUGUCCUUCCCGUCUGCACCACGAGAGUCUCCUUGUAAUGUUAAAUAUUCUUCCAAAAGUAAAUUUGAUGCCAUUACAAAGCAGCCAAGCAGUACUUCUUACAACUUCACUUCUUCGAUUUCCUGGUAUGAAAGUUCACCAAAACCUCAAAUACAAGCCUUCCUUCAGGCAAAAGAAGAACUGAAGCUACUAAAACUUCCUGGGUUCAUGUACAGUGAAGUUCCUCUGCUGGCGUCCUCAGUACCUUAUUUUAGCGUAGAAGAAGAGGAUGGUUCUGAAGAUGGAGUACAUCUGAUUGUCUGUGUGCACGGUUUAGAUGGAAACAGUGCAGAUCUCCGAUUAGUAAAAACUUACAUUGAACUUGGAUUGCCUGGGGGAAGAAUUGAUUUUCUUAUGUCUGAGAGAAAUCAGAAUGAUACUUUUGCUGAUUUUGAUAGCAUGACUGAUCGUCUUUUGGAUGAGAUAAUACAGUAUAUUCAGAUAUAUAGUCUAACAGUCUCAAAAAUAAGCUUUAUUGGACAUUCGUUGGGCAAUUUAAUAAUUCGUUCAGUGCUUACAAGGCCAAGGUUUAAAUAUUACCUCAACAAACUUCAUACCUUUCUGUCUCUUUCUGGACCUCACCUUGGUACACUCUACAACAGCAGUGCUCUUGUUAAUACAGGUCUCUGGUUUAUGCAGAAAUGGAAAAAAUCAGGUUCACUUUUGCAGCUGACAUGUCGAGAUCACUCAGACCCUCGCCAAACUUUUUUAUAUAAGCUUAGUAACAAAGCAGGGCUUCAUUAUUUCAAAAAUGUUGUGCUAGUGGGAUCCCUACAGGAUCGCUAUGUUCCUUAUCACUCUGCCCGCAUUGAAAUGUGUAAAACAGCUUUAAAGGACAAACAGUCAGGACAGAUCUAUUCAGAAAUGAUCCACAACUUGCUUCGACCGGUUCUGCAAAGCAAGGACUGUAAUUUGGUUCGCUAUAAUGUCAUCAAUGCAUUGCCCAAUACAGCUGAUUCACUCAUUGGGAGAGCUGCACAUAUAGCUGUUCUUGAUUCGGAAAUAUUUUUAGAGAAAUUCUUUCUGGUUGCUGCCCUCAAAUAUUUCCAAUAGUAUAAAAGCAUUGUUAGCGACUGGACAAUUACCUCAUUCAACAAUGUUUCAAAUAAUGUAUUAUAUUAAAAUGUAGAUGCUGAUAAGUUCUAAGAAAUAUUUAUACCUUUUUAUAUGGAAGAUAAUUUAUAUCAUCCAUGUUUAGUGCUUUUUAAACAUCAACUUUACUUUCUAGGUAAUGUGGCUGUGCAAUAUUUUUUUAAUUUUAUCUUUUUACUUUUCUAUUACUUUUUCAUAUAUUUUGCUACCUAAGUAUUUCAGUGAAACUUUAAGCCCAUACCUGUGUCUGAUUGUUUAUUAUUGGCUUUCCACAAUUCUUACAUCAGACUACAUUAUAUUAGAGACCAUUAUUGCUAGAAUAGCAUGGGAUUUAAAAUUUUCUAAUACUGGGGGUAUUAUUUGGUUAAUUAUAAAUUUUUCUUUUCACAUUUUACUGUGUUUUAACUGGAAAUAAAAUUAUGGCUGCUACAAUAUAUUUUUUGAAAUCAACUUCUGUAGUUCUAAAAUACACCUUUAUCAUACAAUCAAAACCAGGUAGUUCAUAUAAAACAGUGUAAUACAAGUUUUCUAUAAAGUCAUUACUGUUGCUUAAACAUAUUUCAUGCCUAUUAAAAUAUAUUUUCUACUGGUGAUUUCAACAUUAUUUCUCAUACUGACUUUUAUUACUGGAAAUGUUCCUGUUCAUGUUGGCAGCAGAUAAAGAUUUUUGAAUGUUUGAAUGCCCUCUGCCUUGAUUUGGUUGGAAUUUUUGCUAAAUUGGUAAUGUUGCUUGAACUUUAUGACUACAUUUUCUUUUAACUUUUUUCAUGGACUUCCUUAUAUGUACAUAAUAAUUAAAUGUUGAAAUUUAUGAAAUACUUUUAUGAAUUUAGAUAAUUUUUAAAUAUUGUUAAAAUUUAUUGAACUAAAAAGUAAUGUAAAUAAAAUAAUUCAUGUUAAAGAUGGAACAAAAUAAUUAACUUUACAUGUUUGGUGAUACAGAUGCAAAUGUUUUUGAUAUAUGGAGAUGUUGAGUCUUUUGACUUUACUAAAGGUGCUGAAUAGCAUUAAAUUCACUAUUUUCCUUUUCUGUUUUACUUGUGAAAAUAAAAAUGCACUAAGGUUGGGUAGAAGUUCUGUUUGCACUCACUAAUUGUGACAGACAGAGGUUUUUGUAAGUAUUUAUUGUACAAUUGAUGCAUGUUUAUUUUUAGCGUUGUUAUUGCCUCUGGUGUUAAUAAAUGAACAAAUGGCUAUCUGGAGGAACAGCUACAA